AUGUCAUCUUUAUAUGAAAAAGCUUCUGACUUCGACACAGCGACUCUUCAGACACGCAUGGUCCAACCUUUUACUCGCUAUGCCGCCCAUAGGCAUCUAGUGUUGAGUUGGUAUCGAUAUACACUCCGAAUUACAAAUUAUGUACCGAUAUCCAAUCUCUUGAGAAGACAGACCCGUGAAGUAGUUAGGGAAACGAUACUCAAACAUCGAGGUACACAGUCUAGCUGGAAGGUUUUACAGCUUUUGGAGGAUAUGAAGCAGUUAAAUAGUCACCUCGCAGUAGCGAAGGCGGUAGGCGCAUGGCAGAUAAUCCAGAAGUACGCUGCAAAACCGACACCACAGGAAGAGCGGCUGCCCAUGCCAGCAAAGCAUUACAAUGAUCCCUCUAAGGAUAAAGAAGCACAUUACUACUGGCGCUACCAUCGAGACCUAACGAGAAAACAUCUCCUACCAGCAGUCAUACCAAAUGACUACAUGGAGAAGCUCAUUGCCCCUCUUGCGCGGCAUGCCUCCGACCUCAGGACACUUGGCAUCGUCCAGCGCAACAUCCAGCGCUCUCCUAAAGCAUACCUUAGCUACACUAUGGUGGGCAGUGAUCGACUGUGGUUCGUGCGUUCAGCUGUCAACAGGAAGAAGCGGCAGUCCCGAAGGCUCACGGCUAUGAUCGUCGCGUUGCGCAGGGCUGCCCAACGAAGCCUUGACAUGUCAAACCGCUUGAAAGAAGAGGUGAUAUGGGCCACCCACGAGGCCAAGUGGGAGCAACUGCUCGCUACUGGGACCCUUCCCCCAGAUGGGGCCAAAAGCGACUGGAAGCCUGGCCGAGCAUGGCUGGAACCAUAUGAGGCCGCGUUUCGGAACCAGCUUGCAAAUCGCAAGCGCACGAGCCAGAAGCUCAAGCGCUAUAGUGCCCAAAUCAGCAAGGUACACCUCCCGUAUUACAUUAAGUGCAGUGCUGCUAUGCAUACCCGUCGCGCCAAACGCUUCGAGUGUUUCCAGAAAGAGCUCCACACCGUUAAUCCAUUCGUUCCAGGCAGAGAUCUCGGUUCCCUACUCUCCAAGUGGCGAAUGGUGAACGGUAAAAACUACUAUCGCUGA